CAGAUAAGAGCCAGUAACCGAAAGCUCGCUGUUUCUUAUCCCUGAACUGAUUAGGUGAAAAAUCUGCCUUGAGCAGGGCACUUAACCCUAAUCGCUCUAUAAAUUGUUUGGAUAAGUGUCUGCUACAAUAUAAAGUUAGCUCAUGUAAUUUCACUUGCAUUAUUAGGAUGUACACUAUAUGAGGCUUUAAUGUCACAAAUUUAAUUUUAAAAGAGACUGGAUCCAUCAAUUGAGUGGAUCUAUCCCCUCUUCGAGCCAAAAGGAAACAAAGCUUGUGUAUACGUCAUGUGUGUGGCAACGACGUUACGAAUAAUAACACACUCACAUUUGUGACGUUCUACACAUCAGAGACUGUCGGUUGAUAUUUAUUGUCCGAGGCAGGGGUACAAUUUUCAUCAGGUUAAGGACCCCAGGAUGUUGCGUCUGCGUUGCAAAACCAAAAAUGGGAGCCACAUUAUGCAGGGCCUGACCCAUCAGUCCUGUGUGCAGGAGCUGAAGAGCAAGGUAGAGGAGCUGACUGGUAUCCCCUGUGAUGUACAGAAGAUCAUGGUUGGUUACCCUCCCUCUAGCUUGGACCUCCGAAACGGAGAUGCUCACCUCAAGGACUACCCCAUCAAAUCAGGAGACACUCUCAUUGUUGAGGAGGAAGAGAAGAACAAGAUGAAGACCCAGACAACCAAUUCAGCUGUAACCAAGGGACCCCGCCUGGAGUCUCCCCCUGUGCUGGCCAGAAGGGUCGUUCCAGCAGACAACUCCUGUCUGUUCACCAGUGUCUCCUAUGUGGUGGAGGGCGGGGUAUACGACCCAGCGUGUGCCCCCGAGAUGCGAGGCCUCAUCGCCCAGAUCGUGUCGAGUGACCCAACGGCUUACUCUGAGGCGGUUUUGGGAAAGACCAACGAGGAGUACUGCACCUGGAUCCGACGUGACGACACCUGGGGCGGAGCUAUAGAGGUGUCCAUCCUGUCCAAAUUCUACCAGUGUGAGAUCUGUGUAGUGGACACGCAGACAGUGCGUGUGGAUAGAUUUGGUGAGGACGCUGGCUACCACAAACGCGUGCUGCUCAUCUACGACGGCAUCCAUUACGACCCACUGCAGAAAGAAACGCCUAGUUCCGACACUCCGCCCCAGACCAUCUUCUCCACCACAGAUGACAUCAUCCUGGCCCAGGCCCUGGAGCUAGCGGAUGAGGCGCGAAGGAAGCGGCAGUUUACGGACAUCAACCGCUUUGCCUUGCGCUGCAUGGUGUGUCAGACAGGCCUAGUAGGACAGAAGGAGGCCCGGGAACAUGCCAAGGAGACGGGCCACACCAACUUUGGAGAGGUGUAAGUCAGAGCACUCUUCCUCCUCUCACCCCCCCCUUACCUCACAACCACCACUCCCAUGCCGUCACAUCUGUGUCUGUACGAUCCUCUACCUCACUUGGUCCAGCGAGAUUCUGCAGACCUGGGGUUCGGUCUUACCCGUUCAGUAUUACGACUACAGCUGUCAGCUCACUGGCUAAUCUACUGUAAUGUUCUGAUCUCAUACAAAAUAUCCUCUACAAUUGUUUUAGGGACAUUUUUAAGCUCAGUUUUGAGUCUUCACACUUAACUCAAAACACAGUGGGUGAUUGUUUGUUGAAGUCUUGUUGCUCAGUAAUGUAGCAUUUGUUCAGUUUGUUGACACUAAUGGAGCAGAACGUUCUUAAAACCAAAGUUGGAGAUGCCUGGAAAUGCCUUGCUUUUUCAGUUCUGACUUGUGGCACAAUCGGCAUGGCUAGAUAGUACUACAACAGAAAUCUUUUUCCAGGGCCAUUGUGCCAAGAUACAUGUUUGAUUUCACACAUCAAUGACAAUAUUAAUUAAAAUGUUUUUGUUUGUGCCUCACUAGUACUUGGAAAAACAGUGACAACUGUUGCAAAAUAUCAAAUAUAAACCCAGUCAGUCACUUGGUAGAGAAGCUGUUAUUUUAUUAUUUUGCAUUGGCAAUGUAUUUAAUAUUUGUAAUAGCAGAGUUUAGCUAGAUUCCUUAAAGGUCAAUACAACCCUAAAUGAUUCAACAAUGGUGCUGUGACAACUGUAUAAGUUAUUGUGUAAGCUAUUACUGAAUUGAUUUUGUUAUUUUCUGCGUUGUGGGUUGUCAGGUGUUUGGAUUGAAAUAUAGCUCUUGGUGUGGAACAUUAACAUUUCAUGCAAUUCUUAUCAUACCAUGGCACUCUAGCAUCAAAAGGCCAUGGCAUUACCCACAGUGGGAUUGUUUUUUUAUUAUAUUUAUUUGUGUCUGUUUUAUGUGUCAUUUGAAUUAUGGUAUUUUGUAUUCCAGAGAAUCGAUAAGAAUGCUACAUGCUUAUUUUAUUUCCAUUUUAAUCUUGGAGUUAUUAGACUGAAUGAUAUAGAUUGUAAGUCUGUGAUGAAUCAUAUAUUUGUAGUUCAGGUACUGUACACAAUGUGCUUUGCUAUUCAACAUUCUCUUCAUGAUAGUGUUUCCUUUUUCAUUUCCCAUUAGCCUCUCACUCACACCCUGGAGGUCUUGUUGGACUAAUGUGAGGACCACCAAGGGAUGUCAUAGUUGUAAUGUUGAUCUAUAACCACGUUUCCAUCCAGUUUUUAUGCAAGAUAAGUCAUACCAUAUUUUAAUAAAACAGCUGUGAUGGAAACAGGAAUCUUCGGUACAGUUUUAUAAAUGCCGACAGAUCAUUUGUUUGUUCGACAUGGUGGGAUCUUUUUGUCUUUAAUUAUGCGAAAAAUGGUGGAAACGCCUUUAUGCGCAGAUAUUGAUAGAAUAACCAUCAUAUUGACGUAAACUUGGAGUCACGCAAUUAUAUGGUGUGUGUGGUUCUUCCACUACGACUCUGGAAACCAUGUAGUUUAUUAGGCUGCAGAUGAAAUAAAUGAUGAACUUCACAGGCUGGUAAAAGUGCACAAUGUUGAGCUUGAUGCUCCUUUCCAAUAAAUAAUCUGGUGACAUGAUGAUUGAUGCUUGACUGCAGUUUGACCAACAAAUAUUCUCGCCUUUAUCCGUAAUAAUCAUAUCAUAUAGACUAGCCUAUUCGCACUGUAUCUGCAAGCUGUUGGCUAGAGCGCACUUGCCAAGACUAGAGUAGGUACAUCUUGCUAUUGAACUCAACAGUUUUUGUGACAACUAUCAGUGGAGUUGAAAAUGUGAUGCAAACACAUUGAACUUUAGAUUUUAUUUGGAACAUGAAAA